AUGGCAGUAACCUGCUCGAUUCUUAUCGCAGACACCUGCACUCAGAUAAAUGGAAACCCACCACCAGGAACUGACUUUAAACUGAUUGGUCCGCUGGCCGAGCGUUUCAUUAUCACCAAUGAGGGUCAGCUAGUGUACGUGACAACGAUUCAAUGUGAAGUCGCAUGCAUUACCCCGAAAAAGUUCACGUUGCUGCUAGAAGCCUUCAAUGACAAUUCGCAACAGUUUGCAACACUUAGCUUUAAUACAGUGGGUAGGGAAAGGUUGAGAUUUCUCAACGCAACCUACGAAGCUAUUGUGCAGGAAAAAACAGGUGUAUUUGAGAAAGCGCUGAAGGUUAUCGCAGUAGGCGGAACAGGAACCAUUGUAUAUUCCGUUGAGGAUCCGACGAACUUAUUCUCAAUCCAUCCAAAGACUGGAAUUCUAAUGGUGCAGCACCCAGAAUUUCUUACUCGAUCCGACUAUGGAACAGUGUUGCUUAUGACGGCAAUCGCCACCGAUAUGAAGACGUUAGUUAGUGCUCCGAUACAUGUCACAUUAAUGCCGAAAUAUGAGAAGCUGAACAACUUUCACUUUGCUAUGAAAAACUACUCAUUCACUGUACUCGCUGGUCAGAAAAUUAUCGGUACAGUAGAGAUAAUCGGUGCAGAAAAUCAUACGGUACUUUACGAUAUUUCCGAAGGAGGACAAGGCGCUAUUACCGUUGACGACAACGGUACACUAAUCUACUAUCGAGAACCUGAAAAAGAUUCCAGGGAUUUCAGAUUGUUGGUUACAGCGCGUUCGACGAAAAACCAAUUCUUUUUGGCUACAACGUGGGUGAAUGUUACAGUUAAAGGGAUUCAUUCCAAUCCGAUACGUGUGAUCGGAUCCCGUCAACGCUCAACUGUUUUGAGCUCAAAGACAAAACCUGGUUCCACUGUGGCCGAAAUCCAGAUGACAGAUGAUGACAACGACGCUGUUGUACAGCUGUCGUUGGUGGAUAUCACUGGAAUGUUCUUCAACGGAAGCGUGAUGUCAUUGCUAACGUCAGAGAUAUUCAAAGUGCACAUGAUUGGUAGAAAGUCUGUCAUUCUGCUAAAUGACUCGCUAGACGAUCUGCCUCUAGUCUCAAUGACACUAACUCUUCACGCUCGUGACAUAGCUCAUGACAAUGAGCCAGUAGUUGUAGUUACACAGCAGUUCCUCAUUACGAGGAAGACUCCUUUGGUUUCCGAGACACCUCUGCCGUUCAAAUUCGUUGAGGUGAUUUCUAUUUGCUUGUCAUUCCACAUUUCUGUAAAACAGUUUUUGUAA